GUUACAGCUUCAAAAACUUCAUACAAUUAGAGAAUUUCGAGUUAAACACCACAUAAUCAAACUUGUGGAACAAUAUUCUCAGAAAACUCUUAUAAGUUGUGCAAAAGAAAUUGCAACAACACUUAAACAAGGAUUUGGUCAAACUAGUGAACUUAUAUAUAACACAUAA